UUAACCUUUUCUCGUGAUUUUCUAAUUUCAAUGGUUUUUAUUUUUUAUUAUUUCUUUUGAAAAUAUUAUACCUCUUCUCAUUGUGCAGAUAUCAAUGAUACGAUUAUCGGGUAAAAAAUUAUGGACAGUCGUGUUGUUUUCAACAAUAUUGUUCCAUUGCUCCCACGGAAAUAUUGGAUUCGCUACUUUUUAUGAACGACCUUAUUUACCUACGGCAUGUGCGGGGUUCGACCAGUCAAUAUUCCCGCCGGACAACCUGUUUGCGGCUGCCGGAGAAGGAAUAUGGGAUAAUGGUGCAUCGUGUGGAAGACUGUACCAGGUGCGUUGCAUAAACGCAGAGAGGCGAAGAGCUUGCUCGGAUCCAAGGAAAAUCAUAUUAGUGAGAAUUGUUGAUCGAGCUCAAACUUCUGUUUCAAGACCCGUAAGAAAUGGUGCUGCCGUCGUUCUCUCUGUUGAUGCUUUUAAUGCUAUUGCUAAUCCACAACAAGAUCUCAUUAACGUAGAGUUUAUUCAACGAUAAUAUUAUAAAACCUGAAGCGGAGGUAUAUCAUCGUAAUGAUUUUCUAUCUAUACAACUUGAGAUGGGAUUCAAUUUACUAAUUGCUUCCCUAAUAAUGUAAUAAC